CAGCUAGUCGCUUGGGUUAGUCGGUUUGCGAUAGUCGAGGGAAAAGCCAGCUCGCCAUGGAGCCCUCCUGCAGCAGCAGUGUGGCGGAACUGGCCAAAUACAGCGAGGAUAAUGUGGAAACGGAUGAGUCUAAGGUGGUGGAGCAUCAGGAAUACGCCGAAGCGCUGUCAAUGUCCGGGGAAAGUCGGAAGCGGAAACGAUGGACUCGAAGGUCCUGCUGCACUCGCCAAGUCCUGAGUACGGGCGCCAUUUUCAUCGCCCUGCUGCUCAUCAUCGGCGCCAUUUACAUGCACUUAAGACAGAAGCAUCAUCUGGGCCGACUGCACAUCAAUCUCAAGGAUCGGGAGCAAGUGGAGGUCCUAGAGGAGGACUUUCCCAUGGUCACCGUUGCCGGAGUGGAUGCCCAGACCCCGCCGAUAACAAAAUUCCAGCCGCCUCCGACAUCCUCCCCAGAGCCCAGUGCCAAGUGCCUGGCCUGCAUGGCCACCACUGCCACGGAUAAUAUUCCGGCAAUCUGCAGGAACCGAGGACGACCCGAGGAGCCGUGCGGCAUUUAUCGCAUCUCCCACGUCUACUGGCAGGACGCACUGCGGAUAAUUGACCCGGACGACUCACUCGCCCAGGACUACGGAAGAUGCGUGGUGGAUGUCCAGUGCGCCGAGCGCAUUGUGCGUAGCUAUGUGCAGCGAUAUGGAGGCGAGGAUUGCAAUGGAGACGGACGGAUCGAGUGUCGGGAUCAUGUGAGACUGCACAUGAGCGGACCGGGCGGCUGCCACAGGCAGGAGCCACUGGGGAGCCUGUCUGAGAGGAGAUUGGAAAACUGCUUGAAAUACAGGGGGAUUACUUAGAACCGACUGCUCGUUUAUUGUUUCAACUGCAGGCGAUGCAUUAUGGGCCGCCAGUAGAGGGUUAGCACAAAGAGGCCUAUGAACUCGUGGAACAGCAGCAGGGCGGCGAACUUGUCAUCGAACAACUUGGUCGAGGCCCUUCUUCCGCCCAUGAUGCACUGCACAUGAUACAUCAGGAACUGCAAGUGAUUUGUGGUUAUGCGGCGGACAGUUGCAGGCUGGGAAAAUGCGAAAAAUGCUUACCAUCAUCACCACACAGCCGAUACAGAAUGCGAAGAGAUAAAAUCCCCAGAUCACGUCGAGAACCACAUACAAUACCAGGAAGUAUAUGCUCAGUGAGUAAGUGCCAGUUGCUAGGACAUAAAGGUAGAGUCCGGUGCCUGUAAGGUCAUACUUUGGCAGGAUAUUGGUUGAUUAUUGAACAUCCUUUAUCUAUACUAGCUUACCACCAUUAGAGCAGCUAUAAGUGUACAAAACACAAAUGCAAGGCUGACAAUCAGAAGUCCGGCCAGCAUAUAAAGAACUCCCGAGGUUAUGAUCAACACACUGAGAGAAACUACCACACAUUCCACCUUAAUAUGCUAUGGGGUUACAUUGUUAGGUUAUUUAAUUGUAAGAAUACCCACGAUAAUAAACGUAAUCAGCCAAUUGA